CGGGGAGCCGAAGCGCAAGGUGCGGAGGCAGCUGGGAGGGGUGGCUUCGCUUCCCGUUGCUGCUCGGGCGCUGGACCCCGAGAGCUAAGCGGGCGGCGCUGCAGCGCUGGGCCGGACAGGGCCGGGCCGGACUUGGGGCGCGGGGAUGACAUGCGGGGAACCCGGGCCGCUCCCUUCCCGCCGCGGCCGCGGCCGAAGCUGGUUCUUCUGCCCCUGUUGAUGCUGCUGUUCUGCAGGACUCGGCCCCAGGGCAGCCCUGGGCCACUGCAGUGCUAUGGAUUUGGACCCUUGGGCGACUUGAACUGCUCAUGGGAGCUUCUUGGGGACCUGGGAGCCCCUUCCACGCUGUACCUCCAGAGCCAGAAGUACCAUUCCAACAAAACCUGGACUGUGGCAGUGCCUGCUGGGCAGAGCUGGGUGACCAUUCCACGGGAACAGCUCACCACGUCUGACGAACUCCUUGUCUGGGUGGCCAAGGCAGGCCGACCUCUCUGGCCCCCAGUCUUCGUGAACCUCGAAACCCGAAUGAAGCCGGAUGCCCCCCAACUGUACCCUGAUGUGGACUUCUCAGAGGAUGACCCCCUAGAGGCCACUGUCCAAUGGGCCCCUCCUAUGUGGCCACCCCAUAAGGUCUUGGUCUGCCAGUUCUACUACCGAAGAUGCCAGGAGCUAGCCUGGAUGCUGCUGGAACCAGAAGUGAAAUCCAUACCCCUGACGCCUGUUGAUAUCCAGGACCUGGAGCUAGCCACUGGCUAUGAGGUAUAUGGCCGCUGUCAAGUGGAGGAAGAAGAGGAUCUGUGGAGCGAGUGGAGCACCAUUCUGUCCUUCCAGACACCACCCUCUGCUCCAAAAGAUGUGUGGAUAUCAGGGAACAUCUGUGGGGCACCAGGCGGACAGGAACCCCUGCUUCUGUGGAAGGCCUCGGGGCACUGCGUGCAGGUGAGCUACAGAGUCUGGUUCCAGAUUAAAGAUCAGGAGGUAAUCCAGGAGGAGACCUCAUUCUGCAACUUCUCCAUCCCCACUCAAGCGGAGUGGGCUGGAGUGUCUGCCAUCAACGCCACAAGCUGGGAGCCUCCUACCAACCUCUCUUUGGCCUGCUUGGGUCCAGGCUUUGCCCCUCAUGGUGUGGUGGUCAGCACCAUCCCUUCAAGCUCGGAUCUGCUGGUGACUUGGCAACAGGGGUCCGGGGAGCUGCAGGAGCAUGUGGUGGACUGGGCUCGAGAUGGUGACCCCCUGGAGGAUCUCAACUGGGUCUGGCUUCCUCCUGGAAAACUCAGUGCUGUGUUGCCAGGGGAUUUCGAAGGAGGGGUCCCCUACCAAAUCACGGUGACAGCAGUCUCUCCUUGGGGCUUGGCCCCUGCCCCCUCAGUCUGGAAGUUCAGAGAGGAACUAGUACCCCUGGCAGGGCCAGUGCUUUGGCGACUCCAGGAUACCCCCCCAGGGACCCCUGCUGUAGCGUGGGGAGAGGUCCCAAGGCACCAACUUCGGGGCCAUCUCACCCACUACACCCUGUGUGCACAGAGUGGGACCAGGCCUUCUGUCUGCAUGAAUGUGAGUGGCAGCACCCGGACCAUCACCCUGCCCGACCUUCACUGGGGUACCUGUGAGCUGUGGGUGACCGCGUCCACCAUCGCAGGACAGGGCCCACCGGGUCCAAGCCUCCGCUUUCACCUACCAGAUAACACCCUGAAAUGGAAAGUUCUGCCAAUUGUCCUUCUCAUAUGGGGUUUGCUCCUGACGGGCUGUGGCGUGAGCCUAGCUACCUCCAGAAGGUGCGUCCACCUGCGGCACAAGGUACUACCCCACUGGGUCUGGGAGAAGGUUCCUGAUCCUGCCAACAGUAAUUUCAGCCUGCCCCACAUGAAGGAGGUGCCCCAGGCUCAGCCCCCUGGGGACUCGCCCAUCCUGGAAGUGGAGGAGAUAGAGCAGGUACCGAUUACGGAGGCCCCCCAGGCCUCAGCCCCACUGGACUCUGGGUAUGAGAAACACUUCCUGCCGACACCCGAGGAGCUGGGCUUUCUGGGUCACACCCCAGGUUCCAGGUUAUGGACUGAACCAACCCCAGGAGGGGAGAGGGGUGCUCAUUUGACAGAUGAAGACACUGAGGCUCAAAGAAGCUGAGUCACUUGCCUGAGGACACCCAGCCAAGGAAGAGCUGAGAUUGAAGGACCCCCUACAGAAAAGGGCCUGGCCCUACAGGGACUAUACGGAUGGAUGAGGGAGCAAAGAAAAAUAUAUAAAAUCCAGAGUGGCAGCUGCCUCCCCAAAUCUGUCCUGCUGCUCUAACAGAACUGUAGUUGGGUGCACUCCCAGCCUCCCUUGCAGCUAGAUGCAGCCAUGGACUGAGUUCUUAUGAGUGCAACAUAAGCAGAAGUGACAUGUGCCUACAGUGGGUCUGUGUGGGGGCUCUUCCACAUUCCCUUCCCUUUCCCAUGAGCUGGAGCACUGAUGUGCCCUGUGAUCCAGCUUUGGCCAUACCCAAGGUGAAGGUAGAGCAAGAAAUGGAAAGGAACCAGAGUUCCUGAGUGAUUGCAUGGAUCAGAAGUGCCCAGAGAAAUAAAUUCUUUCUGUUUUGGUAGCUACUGUA